UAAGAUUUACGCGGCAAAUACAUUGACUAUAAGCAUCGUGAUAAAUGAAAGGAGAGGGGGACCCUCAAUAAUACGACAAAGCUGUUCUUCAUUCAAACUGCCUAUGCCUAUAGUAUUCAGCCGGUUGCGAAGCAACAUAGUCGUAAUAUUUGAUCGAUAUAUUAUUUUUUUAUUUUUGCACCUUUACCAGAAUAUUAUUUGUCUUCUAGUGAGAUUAUACAUUCACAUGCAAAUUAUAUUCAGGAGUGAAUCAUUCAAAAUAUUCGUGGAGAAUAUUUUCAAAAGUCAUCAACAAAACAAAUAUAAAAAUGUUUUCAUAUUUUUUUUAAAAGCAAAUAUUUUAUUCGCUUAACACAAAAUAUAAUAAAUAUGUUCAAUUUUUAAAUAUUUUGCAAAAAAAAAAAAUUUCAAAACUGAAAUAUUUGAAAAGAAAAGAAGAAAAAGAAAUUAUUUUCAAAAUUUUCAUUCUUCAUAAGAAUUUUUUAUGUUUAAAAAGUAGAUCGAAAAAUUGAGAUCUCGGAAAAAUAAAGAAGUAAAAGUAAUAAAAAUUCAAAUAUGUCGUUUGUAAAUAAAAUUGGAAAAACAUCGUCAGAAGUUUUCAACGAUUUUGACAAAAAUAAGGACGGCAGUUUGGAUUUUAGUGAAUUUCGAAAUCUAUGUAUACAAUUAUUUGGUGCUGAAGAAGUUGAGGAAAAUGAGGGCAGAAUUCAAAAUGUUUUUGAAAUUUUCGAUAUCAAUCGAGAUGGAUUUUUAAAUGGCGAAGAAUGGAACAGGUGUUACGAUGAAUGGAUACAAGUGAUAAUGAAUCCGGUAAAUGUUUUACUCGUUGUAGAUGUACAAAAUGAUUUUAUACAAGGAAGUUUGGGACUUUCAAAAUGUGGCGAAGGCGAACAUGGAGAAGAAGUAAUUGAACCAAUUAAUCGACUUAUAAAGGAAGGUGUUUGGAAAACAAUUGUCUACACUCAAGAUUGGCACCCGAAAAAUCACAUAGGCUUUUUUGACAAUUUACCUCUACGACAACUUCAUCCGGCUUCGAAGGUAACUAAGGAAAAGGCGAAACUUUUUGAUACCGUAUUGUUCCUGGAACCAAAACUCGAGCAAAGAUUGUGGCCUGUUCAUUGUAUUAUGGAUUCUUGGGGAUCACAAUUACACGAACGUCUAUUUAUCGCUCCAGAUUCAAAACAGGUUCGGAAGGGUCAACAUCCGGAUAUGGAAUCCUACUCGGCUUUUUACGAUAACAACUCGACAAAUUCAACAGAAUUAUUGGACAUGCUUCGUGAAUAUAAUGUCACCGAUGUGUAUGUUUGCGGCUUGGCGUACGAUAUUUGUGUUCGUGCAACUUGCUUAGACGGUCUAAAAUUAGGGUACCGAUUAGCCAUUAUCGAAGACUGUUGUCGGGGAGUUAGUCGAAAUGACAUUGUAAAAGCACGUGAGGAAAUAUCGGAUAAAGGUGGAUUAAUUACAGACAGCAAUCAAGUUCUCUCUCUCGUCAGAGAUAAAAAACGAAGCUUAAUAAUGGCUCAUCAAGGCGCUGUCGCUUUAGCAAAAAAAUAUAAUUCUGAAAUCAAGAAUUAAGAAAAAAGGAGUUUAUUUUUCCGAUGACUUAGCAAUGAAUUUAAAAUAGGCUUUCAAACUCCAGUAGAUAAUAGGGCGUAUUUUUAAUUAAGUCUUCUAAUUCUAAUUCUAAUUUUGUACAUUUAUUCUUUCAAAAUAUUUUCGUUUUUCAAGUUUUGUUAAAAAAAAAAUAAACAAAUAAAAUAAAAUUUAUUAUUAUAAAUUAAUAAAAAAUCAACUUAAAAAUUACGAAUGGUAAAUUUUGACAAAGAGCCAUUGAGAAAUAUAAGAAUGUAAAGAAACGGAAUUUCGAAAAAAAAUGGAAAUAUAGUUUUAUUUAUAUAUACAAA